AUGCCAAUUAUUAUAAAAGAUUCAAGCGAUGUUUCGAAACUCGGGAGAACUGUGAAAAUCGAUAAAAUUCGAUCAGAUGAUGAAAAUCCUGGACUUCGGGAUUUCGAAGCAAGUUUUUUGAGAUUAUUGGAGAAAGUUACUAAUGGAUCUGUAAUUGAGAUCAGUUAUACUGGCACAUCUGUUCUUUACAAACCAGGCGUGAUCAUUGGAGGAAAAAUAUCACAUGAUUGUGGCACAGCACGCGCGAUUGGAUAUUAUCUUGAGCAAAUGAUAGCAAUCGCACCGUUCGCUAAAUCACCGUUCAAUUUGACGUUGAGUGGAAUUACUAAUGAUAACGUGGAUGUUUCGAUUAUGAAGAGAGGAGCACCUCCCUUAGGUGGUGGUGAAAUAAAUUUCAAGUGUCCGACUAUUCGUGCACUAAAACCAAUAGGAUUUGUUGAUGAUGGUCGGAUAAAGCGGAUACGUGGAAUUGCAUGUUCAACACGCGUAUCACCACAAACAGCAAACAGAAUGGUAAAUUCAGCUCGUGCCGUAUUGAACAGAUACAUACCAGAUAUAUACAUUUAUACAGAUGUAUUUAGAGGAGAAGAAUCUGGAAAAUCUCCAGGAUUCGCGCUCUCGCUAGUAUCAGAAACUACGACCGGCGUCUUAUUCUCCGCCGAAAGAGCAGCUAACCCUGGUGAGACACCCGAGGAUAUAGGAAACCGAACCGCGAAACAGUUACUCUCGGAAAUACGAAAUGGCGGUUGUGUGGAUUCGAUUUCGCAGUGGCUGGUGCUGUUGUUGAUGGUUUUAUGUUCGGAAGAUGUUUCUAAAGUGCGAGUAGGGAAGUUGAGUGCUUUUACAAUUCAAUACGUACGAGAUAUCAAAGAAUUCUUUGGUGUUACAUUCAAGAUUAAACAAGAAACUUAUAUACAAGAACAAGAAUCAUCAAAUCCUUCACAUAAUUAUAAUGAUACCCUACUAUUAAGUUGUGUCGGUAUCGGUUAUGUUAACUAUAAUAAAAAGACCACGUAG